CUCGCGGAGUGGUCCCUCCCUCCCCCUCCUCCCCUCCCCUCCUCUUGUCUCACUCCGUCUGGGGAAGGGAAAAGCUUUGGUGCAUCGGCGAGGAGCGACCGGGAGGCUGCCAGGCAGGAAGGCGAGUUGAGAGAGAGAGAGCGAGAGAGAGUUUGACUCGUUUUUUUUGUUGUUGUGUUGUUGUCGUCGUUGCUGUGGCCUCCCCGAAAAAGACCAGCCGCCACCUUCUUCUUCACCAUCUUCAUCACCCUCGUCUGAGCGAGCAGUAAUCCGUCCAUCCCCCUCGCUGCAUUGACUCGCGGUCCACGGCGCAGCGCAUUAAAAAAAAAAAAAAGAAAAAGGCGAAACCAACCCGGCGAAAGAUGUCUGGCUACCAGGGCAAGAAGAACAUCCCCCGCAUCACAAUAGCGAUGAAGAAAGCCAGCACCAGUUGAAAGACGUUGUGCAGCCAUGUGUUCCUUAUCAGGACACAUCCUAAAAAGGCCAGGCGCAGUCUGCCGUGGACGUUCGGCAGAGCGACCGUCUCCUGAUCAAAGGAGGGAAGAUCGUGAAUGAUGACCAGUCCUUCUGUGCUGACAUCUAUAUGGAGGAUGGAGUCAUCAAACAAAUCGGGGAGAACCUCAUCGUGCCCGGAGGGGUGAAAACCAUUGAUGCCCAUGGCCGCAUGCUGAUGCCCGGUGGCAUCGACGUGCACACGCGCUUCCAGAUGCCCGACCGGGGCAUGGUGUCCGCCGACGACUUCUACCAGGGCACCAAGGCAGCACUGAGCGGAGGCACCACCAUGAUCAUUGACCACGUGGUCCCCGAGCCCGGCAUCAGCCUCAUCUCGUCCUUCGAGCAGUGGCGCGAGUGGGCCGACAGCAAGUCCUGCUGCGACUACUCGCUGCACGUCGACAUCACCGAGUGGCACAAGGGCAUCCAGGAGGAGAUGGAGGCUCUUGUUAAGGACCACGGUGUCAACUCUUUCCUCGUCUACCUUGCUUACAAGGAUAUUUUCCAGUUGACUGAUGCUCAGGUGUACGAGGUGUUCAGCGUGAUCCGCGAUCUGGGAGCCAUCGCCCAGGUUCAUGCUGAGAACGGAGACAUCGUAGCUGAGGAGCAGCGUAGGAUCCUGGAGCAGGGCAUCACUGGGCCUGAGGGACACGUGUUGAGCCGUCCUGAGGAGGUGGAGGCCGAGGCUGUAAACCGCUCUGUGACUGUGGCCAACCAGACCAACUGCCCUCUCUACGUCACCAAAGUGAUGAGCAAGAGUGCUGCCGAUGUCAUCGCUCAGGCCAGGAAGAAGGGUACCGUGGUCUACGGAGAGCCCAUCACUGCUAGCCUGGGAACAGACGGCUCUCACUACUGGAGCAAGAACUGGGCCAAAGCAGCUGCCUUCGUCACCUCCCCUCCUCUGAGCCCCGACCCAACCACACCAGACUAUCUGAACUCCCUGCUGUCCUGCGGUGACCUGCAGGUGACAGGAAGUGCACACUGUCCCUUCAACACUGCCCAGCGCGCUGUGGGCAAAGACGACUUCAGCUUGAUUCCUGAAGGAGUCAACGGCACUGAGGAGAGGAUGUCUAUCAUCUGGGACAAGUGUGUGGUGACGGGUAAGAUGGAUGAAAACCAGUUUGUGGCAGUGACCAGCACCAACGCCGCCAAGAUCUUCAACCUGUACCCCCGCAAGGGCCGCAUCGCCGUGGGCUCAGACGCUGACCUGGUGCUGUGGGACCCAGACAUGACGAAGAUCAUCUCCGCCAAGAGCCACAACUCGACCGUGGAGUACAACAUCUUUGAAGGCACAGAGGUGCGCGGCGGGCCUCUGGUGGUGAUCAGCCAGGGCAAGAUCGUCCUGGAGGAGGGGAACCUCCACACCACCGAGGGCUCAGGACGCUACAUGGCCCGAAAACCCUUCCCUGACUACGUUUACAAGAGGAUAAAGGCUCGCAGCAGGCUGGCUGAGCUGAGGGGUGUACCCAGAGGACUGUACGACGGUCCAGUCUGCGAGGUGUCGGUCACACCUAAAGCCAUGACUCCUGCCUCCUCCGCCAAGACCUCGCCUGCCAAGCAGCCCAACCAGCCCGUCCGUAACCUGCACCAGUCUGGAUUCAGCCUAUCUGGUGCCCAGGUUGACGACAACAUUCCUCGCCGGAACACCCAGCGCAUCGUGGCGCCACCAGGCGGCAGGGCCAACAUCACCAGCCUGGGUUAGAGCUCCGCCCCAUCGGCCGCUGAGGGAGGAAAUGAAGAUCCGAGGAUGGACGGCCAACGGGAGCUGAGAGCCGGAGAAACGUCACGCCACGGCAUCUAGGAGCCGAAACCCUUCGCAGCACCCGAGCCGGGCCCCUCCGUCAGCCUCGAUCUUUCACCUCCUCCUUCGCCGCCCUCCACGUUCCCACUCUCCUCCUCCCCCGAACCCUGAUCCUAGAGGACACAGUUAGAAACAAAAAACGAGAAAAAAAAAGGUCUGCCUCAUACGAUGAAAAAAGAGAAAAAAAUGAAAACACUCCUUAUUUGAGCACUUUUGACUGCAUUAUUUAGUUUUUUUUAUACCGUACUUUCUCCCUGCCAUGUAUCCUUUUGAUGUUCGGUUCACUGUUGUUUUAAUAGAGGGGUCGAGUGAGAUUAAAAUGGAUUGAUACACUUGAGAAAAGACGAUCAUUUUCAUUGAGGAUGUCCACCGUAUUUUUGUCCGUUGUCCGGAAUGGAGCACGGGUACAAAAACCAGUAUGUCUCGCUUUUCGUAAAUAAGCCAGGCGGUAGGUUGCCUGAAACUGAACAGUCUUUACAGUUGUUUUUGCGGCUGACUAGAAUCUGAUUUGUUCCUCAAGCUGUUGACUAUCUGUGAUUUAUAUUAAGUUGCAUUUCAACUGCUUAAGUUUCCAGUGCACUGCAUCUGUCAAACACUGCUCCUAUCAAUUUCGGAUUGAUUAGUCGCCGGGGAGGGACGGCCUUAAGAUUUGAGAAACUGAACAUCACAAGAAUCUUUUAUUAGGGUUAUUGACUCUCUCGUUGCACUGGCUCUCAUCUCAUGUUUUCCCACCUGUGGCUUCGCCGAGGUGCUUAAGUCGAAAAACAUCUUCCAUAUUUGGCAGCUGCCUUUAUAGAUUGUGAGUCCCGCAGAGCAGAAGGAACCUUGGCAGGUAGUAAAUUGAGCUUUAUGUCUCGUCCCUGAGCAUUAGGGCAUCGUUAAGUGUGAGAAUUGAAGGAACAAUUCAGGGCGGAAAGAGAAAAGCUUGUACCCACUGUCGCUUCAAAUCUCAACCUUUCCUCGCCUUAUUCUCUCUCGAUGUCAUCCCAUUAGAGAGCUUUAAGAAGUGCAGCUACCUUAUUUUUCCGGCUUUCUUUUUUUGUUUGUUUUUGCAUUCCUGUUCAUCAUAAAGGUCCAAAUUUCAAGUGAUUGACAGCUGUCCAUAACCGUCCGUCACCAAACAGUGCAUUUAAAAAAACAGAAUGUCUCUCCUCCUCCAAAUGUGACUGUUUUAUACUCAUCGAACUCCCUCUUUCCUUUCUACUCUUUAUGUGCCUGAACCCACAGAAGUUGUACUGAUAGUUUUGGAUUUUUGUUCUUGUUUUGUUAUUCUUAUCGAGGUAAGUGAAGGAUGUAAGAUAAAAAAAAAAAAAAGAUGUAAGAUAGCCAGGAUUAACCGAUUCAAAGGUGCCAGAUUUUGCGCUUUCAUAGGGCCUAUCCUGUUGGUAGAGCCCCUGUCGAGGCGAGAAAUGCUCGAUAUCUUGAAAUGUUCUAAUGUUUUAGAGUUUUUAACUUGUUGUCAAACUGCUUUUUAGUGUCAUUCUGUAACUAGGUGCCUAAGGGCUGAGCACUAUUGAUUUACGCUUGAAAGUAGACAUGAGCUAAUGUACUUCUGACUAGUGUGCAGUGUUGAUGUGUGAGGGAUGGGACACGCACGGCGGGCUCCUGUACAGCGGCACACCUUACUGUUGUGGACGUGAAGGCGCUCCUGGCUGUGCUGAGCAAUCAGAUGUUGUUGCUCCUUUUUUUUUUCUUUUUUCUUUUCUUUUUUUGCAUGAUCUGGUUUUCGUUAAGCCAAGCAAGCGAUUUCCUGUGUUAGCUGUUAUGUCAGAGAGGUCUUGGCCACCAUCUUUCUUCCCCUGUGACUCAACAUGGAGCAACAAGCUCACGCUGACACGGACAUAGCCAGGGGCCAGUUACACACAUGUAGAUUGAGGCUGGUCUGAAAUUCCUUUGUCCGACGAAGACCAUACCCUGCAGAGACCUACUUGUGCUGUAGGAGCACAUGAGCGAUAGCUUUAGCUUUAGUUAGCUAUUGGAUACAUCCGAAGUCUGGCUUGAAAUGAGAAUUAAAGGUGCAAUAUGUUUGUAGAAUUUUAGUUGAAAAACAUUCACAUAAUAACUGAAAUUGUCAACAGAAUGUUGAAGAAAAAACAAAUUUGACACUGUGUAUUGUGUUGGAGAGAUAUCUACAGAAGUUAGCAUGCUAACCAUCUGUCCCUGGCCCGUCUCGGUAGCUGCACGGCUAAUUGAGCUAACUGGAUAACGGUAGCUACAGUAAGUCAGCAGUCAGAGGUUACUCUGGUGAUAUGCUUCCACCUGUUUGUCUUGGGUAUGAAUUUGAGGAGAAGCCAGUUCUUACAUAUUGCACCUUUAAAGGCAUGAUAUGUAACAUUUCCGCAUUAAAAAUGUCUAAAAAAAAACCCCAACUAGACUUAUGUCAGUUUCAUUGAGUUGUUCACUUACAUUUUCCCAAAUAUUUCCUACAAUGUCAAAACCCUGAGAAAUCUAUGAUUCAGGAAACCCCAGAUGACACAGCACAGAACAAGGAAGGAAAUGGGUGCUAGCUAGCUACGAGGACAACAACUCCCACGAUCCCCUGCAUCUUUCGUCAUUGUUUUGGUCGAGACAACCUGAGCAGUAAAAAUGACACACUGUGCUUGUAAUAUGAAGCGUGUCUUUAUGCAGCUGGCCCCUGACUCACUCUCUCACACACACGUAUACAUACCUACAUUUACACCUCUGUGACUGUGCUUUCAACCUCUGAUCUGGCCGGAGUCCUACAGAGGGUGAAGUCUGUCUGCGUUACAAAUGGCGUGUCUAUUUAAAGCAUCCCGAGCAGGGGAGAUGCAACAAAUGCACGUCUCUGAAGCAUGAAGACCAGAUAGCGCUGGGAAAUGGAUACUCGGCAGCCCACACGUCACACGGCAAGGGUGUGUGGGAAAUCACC